GUCUGGGCGCACACAAUCACAUGAAAUCCCAUGAAGUUGCUCAAUAUUAAGUUGAGAGAACUAGCUCCUGCACUAUCUUCUGAGGCAAUUUUGCUACUGUUAGCCUCAUCAAUCAACUUUUAUGUAUAAACACACACAUGUAUAUGUACAAUUACACACACACGCACUCAGUACCGUUCUUGUUGUUAUCAAUCCAUGUUCAGGAAACAAUGCAACCCGUAAUACACAGACUUGUGUGAGUUAACAUGAAAAUGCACCUAAAUUGGCGCUAAGGCUCCUCUGUGAACGCUGAUUUUCUACGGAUUGGAAGUCGUGGGGUUGUGAGAAUGCCAUGGGUUGAAAUCGUUUACCAAUACGGGUACCUGACCACCUGGUAUCCCUAACCUUGUCGAUAUAUUCCGGUUGAUGAAGGUGCUUAUACCCUUCCAGUUCGUCUGUUCCGAAGGGGGAUUCAAUUCGUUUGGAGAUAAAAUUAUUCAUCCAACAGUCAUUUCAAACUGAUGUUCCCAAGCUUCUCCGUGUGGUUGAGCAAGGCGAGGAGCGGGGAAUUGUAGGGUGGUGCUCAGUGCGUGGGGCUGAAGAUUGCGCACCAAGCAGCUGGAGCUUCUUGGUUCCAUGAGACUCAGUUCACUGCAAUUUCUGGUUCGUACCGUGAAUCACCUCAGUUUAGGUCAUCGAAUAAGCGGCAGAAUGGCGUUUUUUGACGAAUCCAACGAGCCUUUGGGCGAUGACGCUGUCGUGCAAUUCAAAUGGUACCUGAGGCAGAUGUUCUUGUGUUAAGGAAUCGGGAAGGAGUUUUCAAUGUAAUGCGCAGUUGAUUGCAUCCGAGUGAUCUGAGUGGAUAACCUUAAACCCUAAACCUUGAAAUAUCAUGGCCAUAGCACCAGAGAGCUUGCGCACUGCUAUGGCUAUGGCAGUGCGACUGGGAGCCCCCCGUUGCCACGCCUCCAUCCUGCUGCGCUCCCCUUUUGGCACCCUUUUCCGCAAGCACCACUACAAUCGUCUGUCCCCAAGACCAAGGUGGUCGAGAACUCUGCAUUCUACCACAUCUCUGUGCUCCAAGCCGUCGUACGCUUUGCCUGUGGUGAGUUCGGUCCAGGAUGCAGUGACGAAGCCGGUGACCAAAGGUGCUGGGUUUGACCUUGCUAACGAGGUAUUAGAUUUCUCGAGGCGCUCUCACGAGUGCGGGAAGCUGACUGAAAAGGAUGUAGGAACAAGGGUGCGGGUAUGCGGAUGGGUUGCAUCGCAGCGGAGCCACGGGGCUAUUGCGUUUGUUAAUUUGCGGGACCACUCCGGAAUUGUGCAGGUCAAAUCAGAUCCGGACAACUUCCCUGAUUGUCAUGAAACCGCCCAACACGUGCGUGUUGAGUACGUGGUAGCAGUUGAGGGUACUGUGCAGCUCAGACCUAAGGAAGUUGCAAAUGCUCGUAUGGCGACUGGAUCUAUUGAGAUCAUUGCGGAGAGUCUACAGGUUCUGAACAAAGUGGGAUUGGCUUUGCCAUUUUUGGUGACACUUGCUGACGACAAUAAAGAAAUGCCUUCUGAAGAAGUUCGUCUUAGGUAUCGACACCUUGAUUUAAGGAGGGCUCAAAUGAACACUAAUUUGCGAAUACGUCACAACAUUAUCAAGCUCAUGCGCAGGCACUUGGAAGAUGUUCACGACUUUAUUGAGAUAGAGACUCCAAUAUUGACAAAGUCAACUCCAGAAGGUGCACGCGAUUACCUUGUUCCAUCUCGUGUACAGCCAGGAGAUUUUUAUGCUUUGCCUCAAAGUCCACAGCUCUUCAAGCAGAUGCUCAUGGUUUCAGGGUUCAACAGAUACUAUCAACUAGCCAGGUGCUUUCGAGAUGAAGACUUAAGGGCGGAUAGGCAACCAGAGUUUACACAGCUAGAUUUGGAGCUUUCUUUUACACCUCUUGAGGAUAUGCUGGAGCUCAAUGAGGGGCUCAUGAGACAUGUGUUCAAGCAAAUAAUAGGGGUCGAUCUUCCUAAUCCUUUCCGAAGGGUUACUUAUGCUGAGGCAAUGUCACGUUAUGGCAGUGAUAAGCCUGAUCUUCGUUAUGGACUAGAGCUUGUUAAGGUUUCGGAACUGUUUGCGGGAUCGAGUUUUGCACCAUUUUCAAGCGCUGUGGAAGAGGGUGGCUUAGUUAAGGCAAUCAGUAUUCCAGGGGGUUCUUCAAAAAUAUCAGCUACAAGGUUAAAGAAAGGAGAUGUAUAUCAACAAGCUAUUAAGUCGGGAGCUAAAGGCUUACCUUAUGUGAAGGUCUUGGCAGGCGGUGAACUUGAGGGGCCUCCUGCUCUUGUUGGAAGCUUAAGCCCGGAGAAGAAGCAGGAACUAGUAUCGCUUUGUGCUUCUAAUGCAGGAGAUCUCAUCGUAUUCGCAGCUGGCCCAGAUUCAUCUGUGCAUAGAACUCUUGAUGCCCUUCGUACUUAUCUUGCUGACAACUUGGACAUCGUUGACAAGAGUGCGCAUGCUAUACUCUGGGUUACGGAUUUUCCCAUGUUUGAAUGGAAUGAAGAUGAACAAAGGCUUGAGGCGCUCCACCAUCCCUUUACCGCUCCUCAUCCAGAUGAUAUGGGAGAUCUUAAAAAUGCUAGAGCUUUGGCUUAUGAUCUCGUUUACAAUGGUGUUGAGAUUGGAGGUGGAAGUCUGAGAAUAUAUAAAAGAUCUGUUCAAGAAAAAGUGCUAAGUGCCAUUGGCCUGACUCCUGAAGAAGCAGAAGAAAAAUUUGGGUUUCUUUUAGAAGCGCUAGAUCUCGGUGCUCCACCUCACGGAGGCAUCGCCUAUGGAUUGGACCGGCUGGUCAUGUUACUGGCUGGCGAGACCUCAAUUAGGGACGUCAUUGCAUUUCCCAAAUCUACUACAGCUCGGUGUUUGCUAACAAACGCCCCAUCAUCUGUCGAUUCUUCACAAUUAAGCCAACUUUCUCUUAGGUCUACUGUAAUCAAUACGUGAUAUGUAUCACAUCUAUCCACUCUCUUCAAUAUCAUGCUCACCAAUCAUUUCAAUACCGCCAGACAACCUCCAAUUAUUUUUCUUAAGCAAUUUGAUGGUGCUUACAUUGUAAUAGGAGUGAUCCAUGUCCUUUUCAAGUCGCAUGUGUAGACUUCCACUUAGACGGCCUUGUAACAAAUGCUUUUUUGAAAGUGCUCCGUUUGCCGAAAAGCGAGUCUUAUUCAACCUCUGAAGGGUAAACUACAUUCUAUUUA